GACCUUUUCAGCCAGCCGCUGGCUUUGCCGGAGUACGCCGCGGCGGCCGCUGACUGGCUUCGCUUGCUCUUGGCCGAGGAUGGCUGCCCUGUGGGGGAAGGCGUCCUGGCGCUCUUGCGCGAGAAUGACAUUGCGGGCCUCGGCGCGGAGGCUUGGGCGGAGGCGGCGGCAGAGGAGCCCUUUCGCGAGUGCUUUGCGGCGGGCGUCGCCCUGGACACCGCGGAGGCUGCGGGGAGCGUGGCGGCCACGGUUGGGGACGCCGUCGCGGAGGAGUUCGGGGCGGCGGACAUCGCGCCGGCAACGGACGACGGCGCCGCGGAGGAAGAGAUCGCCUGCGCCAGGCCGGACGCGCCGAGGCGCCGCCGCCAUCACCGCAAAGCGCCUGACCUGGCCGGCGCCUAUCCGGCCCCGCUGGAGCCGGCCGGCAUCAAGCGGCCGGCCGCCGGGGCGCCUGGGGGCGCGCGGGCGCUCAAGCGGCCCGCCGCCGCUGCUGCCUCUACGCAUCUUUGUCAAGGGCGCGAGGGAGAAGCCUGCUGCUUUUCCGCGAGCGAGGUCGGCGGCAGAGCUCGCUACCACGACUCCUCGCGGCAGUGCCCCUGGUGCGGCGAGUCCCUCCUGGAGCGCGGCCUCGGCAGUGGCUCCGGCAAAGGCAAUCUGGCGCGCGGCCUCCGCUUCUUUUGGGAGAACGACAAGGAGAUCUUCUACCGGGCCAAGGCGCGGCUGCCGGCCAUGUCCCGCGACCACUGGCCUCUACAGGUUUUGGGCUUGUCGCCAGCCUUCCACUCCGCGGCCGCUAUGGCCGCCGCCGCAGCAACGCCGCAGGGCCGAGGCCGCCUGGUUUCUUCCGUGAAGAAGUGCGCUGCGAAGGACGCCGCGCUGGCUGGGGAAGCGUUGGCGGCGAUCCCGGCGGCGUGGCGCCCCGAGAUCCGCCAGAAGAUGACAGAGGAGCCGCGGCGCGCGAGGCAAGCGCGGGCGCGGGCAGCUGCCGAGACAGCGGCGGAGGCUUCGGAGCGCCUGCUGGCGCGGCGACAGCGGCUGCGGGCGGCUCCUGAAGAGGACGAGCAGUGGCCGAGGCAUGCGGCUUUCUCCUGGACCAACGAGAUGUCGCCCGAGCUGCGGGCCAAGGUCAAAGAUGUGGAGCCGAACGACACAGGCCUGCCCUGCGCCACUACUUCGGCCGCGGCGGCUAUGUUGGAGUCCUGGUGCAAGGACGUCCCGGAGCCGCUGCGCGGCCUGACGGCGGAGAUCGCUGAGGCCCUGGCGCCCAUGGAGCUGGCGGAGCGGCGGCGGCCACUGCAGGCGCUGGAGGAGCCCGGAGUGGAGUGCGCCCUGUGGCCGGACCUCUACUGGGACUCCGACUGCUGCGAAACUGUGGUCCGCGCCACGGACGCGCGGCGGCUCCAGCGCCGCGGCGCUCUUCCACAUAGCGACAGCGAGGCGGAGGAGGAGGAGCCCGAGGCGAAGCUGGAGGCCACGGCUCCGCCGGAGGGACAUCCGCUGCGCGGCUACGUCCUGGACCAGCUCAGCUACAACGGCAGCGGCUGGCCGGUCUUCGAGACGCCCUCACGCUGGGACCCCGAGACGGAGACGAUCCGGCUGCAGCACUCCGGGAGGGACGAGGAGCUGGGGGUUCGGGCGUUCAGCCCCGAAGAGCUUGACGUGCUCAAGGGCCACGUGGACAACCUGCUGCCGCAAGCGGACGACUCGGGUCGCCGGGGGCCGCUGCUUCGCUACGUCGCGACCUACAACAUGAAGUUCAGCGACAGCUUCGCCAACGAGAUGCUGGCGGACACGGGCGCCUCGGGCUACAGCCUGGCGCUGCGCAUCCUGUCCAGCUAUCAUCCGCUGGAGCCCGUCGUGGCGAAAGUCCCGCGGCGGUAUCAACUCUUCGCCUGCGCGCUGAGGGCGGCCCCGGGCUAUUGGAGCGACCGGCGGCGGAUCGCGGCCGACUUGGAGAUCGCCGCGCAUCGACACGCCUACAUCGCCAACGCGCUGGCGCUGGUGGACGCCCAGAGGGCCCUGGUCGAGCAGUACCUCGACGGCACGCUGUCGCUGGAGGACGAAGUGCCCGAGCCGCAAUGGAACCAAGCGGCCGCGGCGGAGGGCGAGCUGGCCCGCCCGGCCUUCAACUAUAAGCAGCAGCUCUUGGAGCAGGAGGCGCUGAAGCGCUUGGACAAGGUCGCGGAGCUGCAGGCCGCGGAGAACGAAGCCGACGCCGAGGCGCUGGCCGCGGACCUGGAGCGGAACAACAGCCCGCUGGUCUGCCACAAGGCCUGGAGCGGCCACGACGAGCCGACGGCGCUGGAUGUGGACAGCGUCCUGGCGAAGACCGAGAACGCCGAGAACUACGACGAGCACGGCAAGCUACGCGAGGACCGGCCGCCGCUGGCGAAGGACCUGGCUGUCUACGCGGGCCUGCGCGUGGUCCUCACGCGGAACCGCGACAAGGAGAACCACUUUGUGAACGGCAUGGUGGCGGAGGUGGAGGCACCCCGCAGUGGUCCAGCGCGGGAGGUUGUCGGCUGCGCGGAUGCUGCCGCCGAG